AUGUAUGGUGACGGCACCAUGGGGUGUCUGGAAGCAUGCAGCCGGCCGGGGACAGGUGGAGGUUAUCGACGCGGGCAAUGGGAAAGCCAGGAAGUUGCAAUUGGUCUACUUGCCCUAGGACUCAGCAAGCUUGCCUUCCGGGCCAGACGAAUACUCUACAUUGCCUGGCAACCGCGUACCAGAACACCUGACUUCUGCCACGCUUCGUUGAUCUUACACUCUCGAACCUACUUCCCAGAACAACGACAGCUACCAUUCAUCAUGGCCGUCCCCAACAUCAAGCUGAACAGCGGCUUUGACAUGCCCCAAGUGGGCUUCGGUCUGUGGAAGGUUGACAACGACAUUGCCGCCGACACCGUCUACGAGGCCAUCAAGGCCGGAUACCGUCUGUUUGACGGCGCCUGCGAGCGAGAGCAAGAGGAAGCAUUCUGCGGCGCAAUGAACCCAGCUUCAGUGACAGGCGGCAACUGCGUGGCAACCAGGAAGCAAUUGGACAGGUUUCUCUUGCAGAAAAACGCGUUGCGCGCUGCCAUUGAUGCUGGUGUUGGUGGUCUGCUGCGUGUCUCCCCCCUCCAUAAUUUCUUCCUGAGAAGCCAACUAUUACCCCUCCUAAACCCCACCAUGGAUCAUCGGUGCGAAUUUCUGCAGAGUACCGAUGGGGAUUUUCCCCAUGCGCUACAACUUCACCCGGAAAGCUCUCCGCAGCCACCCCUGCACUUCACCCGGGAUACGCACCCCUCCCCCCGACCUGCCCUGUCACUUGUCACUCCCCUCACUACCCUCACCAAUGCCAUCCACUUACACUCGGGGCUACGCUCCCGCAUUCCCCGAAUCCAUCACACAUGGACAACUCAAAUCAUACACACUUUGAUUCGCCAUGACGUUCAACUGUGCUAUGGGGGUGUUGCCCGCGCCAUCAAGGAGGGUCUCGUCAAGCGUGAGGAGCUCUUCAUCGUCUCCAAGCUCUGGAACACCUUCCACGAUGGCGAGCGCGUAGAGCCCAUCGUCAAGAAGCAGCUCGCCGACUGGGGCGUCGACUACUUCGACCUCUACCUCAUCCACUUCCCCGUCGCCCUCGAGUACGUCGACCCCUCCGUCAGAUACCCUCCCGGCUGGCACUACGAUGGCAAGUCCGAAAUCCGCCCCUCCAAGGCCUCCAUCCAGGAGACCUGGACUGCCAUGGAGAGCCUCGUUGAGAACAAGCUCUCCAAGAGCAUCGGUGUCUCCAACUUCCAGGGCCAGCUCCUCUACGACCUCCUCCGCUACGCCAAGAUCCCUCCUGCUACCCUGCAGAUCGAGCACCACCCCUACCUGGUCCAGCCUGACCUGAUCAAGCUGGCUGCCAACGAGGGCAUCGCCGUCACCGCCUACUCUUCCUUCGGCCCUGCUUCCUUCAAGGAGUUCAACAUGGAGCACGCUACCGACUUUGUCCCUCUCUUUGAGGAGCCAACCGUCACGGCCAUUGCCAAGAAGCACAACAAGGAGCCUUCCCAGGUCCUUCUCCGCUGGGCUACCCAGCGUGGUCUUGCUGUCAUCCCCAAGACCAGCCGCAAGCACGUCCUUGCCCAGAACCUGUCUGUCACCGACUUCGACCUCGAGCAGUCCGAGAUCGACAAGAUCAGCUCCCUUGACAGGAAGACUCGCUUCAACCAGCCCGCAAACUACUUCCCCACUGAGAAGCUUUGGAUCUUUGAGAGCGGUCUUUUGGUAGUGCAACUGGCGGUGUGCGUGGGAAAUCUGUCCGACAUGUGUCAAACCACGUACGACCCAAGUUGGAAAUCCCGCUCGCCCGUGACAUGCAGCGUUUACACGCCCAAAGUCAGAAAAAGCCGCCCGCCCAUUGAAGAAUGCAUCAUACCUGUCAUCAUGUACUCAUGCUCGCCAAACAGCGUAGCUGAGUAUGUGUGA